CACACAUCAAGCACACAGUAGGCGUACAAUGGCAUCUUCUUCUUCGUCAUCGCCCACGGUGAUCCAGAUACAUCCACUGACCAACGAGGACGACGGUAAGAUAACAGCCGCCGGCACAGCAGCGCCAACACCUGCCACGGGGCCUGCACCGGCCACGGUCAUGUCGAGCGUCUCGAACCUAGCGCAGCUCCUGCCGACGGGCACGGUGCUGGCAUACCAGGCACUGUCCCCGUCCUUCACCAACCACGGCAAGUGUGAGAGCUCCAACCAGUGGCUCACCGGGGCGCUGGUCGCCGUCCUCACCGUCUCGUGCCUCUUCUUUGCCUUCACCGACAGCGUUGUCGGUCGCCGCGAUGGAAAGCUAUACUAUGGCUUCGCCACACUACGCGGCUUCAACGUGUUCAACUUCUCCAGCGAGGAAGAAAGGAACGAGUGGAACGAUCUUGACCAGUUUCGGAGGCUCCGCCUCCGGCCGCUGGACUUCGUGCACGCCUUCUUCGCAGCGGUGGUUUUCCUCACGGUGGCGUUCAGCGACGUGGGGCUGCAGAACUGCUUCUUCCCGGACGCCAGCAGGAACACCGAGGAGCUGCUCAAGAACCUGCCCAUGGGCAUGGCGUUUCUCUCCAGUUUUGUGUUCAUCAUCUUCCCCACUAAAAGGAAGGGCAUUGGGUUCACUGACAACGCUCCUCGUCAAAAGGUGGUCCAUCCCUUAAAUUAAUUAAGACUGAUUCUCGUAACUUGAAGUUGCCACUUGCCAGAGAUUGAUUGAAAAAAAUUGAAUCCUUCAGGAAAUUCAUACUCAAUCGGAUUUGACGACACCGCUCCUCGCAGGCGUAGAAGUUGCUUGACUGUAUCAUGUUGGAGAAAAUCAUGAAGUUUUUUUUAAUUAUAUAUGUUCAAUGUGCGUGUGCCAUGGUUCUUUUGUAAACAAGGAAAUGUUUUCU